AUGGACUUUUACUACGCGAAUCAGCAAGCUAUCCUCACGGCUGUGGGCGCAUUGUCCGGCAUCAUCGCCCACAAUGCUGUCUACAUCCGGGGAGAGUGGCAUGUUCAAGCGCCUCAGAUCACCAUUCAACUCUUUGCCCUAUAUGUCGGUUGCCCUGUACUGGCACAGACCCUGAAAGAUACAGCGAUUGCUAGGUUUCUUCAAGGAGUCAUAUUCUGGAGCUACGGGUAUCUGCCCGGCCUCAUUGCGAGCAUUCUCUUGUAUCGCGUCUUCUUUCAUCCUCUUACCAGAACUGGCUUCCGGGGUCCGUGGUAUAAAUACGGAAGUUUCGUGAGAACAGGCCCUGCCGAGAUCACCGUGUUUCAUCCAGAUGUCUUCAUGGCAGUCGAUGGACCGCGCUCCGAAUGUGUCAAGUCAGAGUGGUAUGACAUCUUACACCCGGGCCAGGCCCUUGUCACAGCACGAAACAAGUCGGUCCAUGCCAUUCGUCGUCGUGAAUGGAACGCAGGCUUUACUACAAAAGCCCUGGCGGAGCAUGAAGCCAAAAUCCUCAAAUAUGUCGAUAAGCUUGACCAAUGCAUCGAGCAGGAUGCUAAGCUGCAGAAGGUGACAAAUAUGCGAGACUUGCUUCUUUGGUUCGGAUUCGACAUCAUGGGAGACUUUGUUUUUAGCAAGUCCUUUGGCAUGCUUGAGAACCAGCAGUGGCAUCACAUCAUUGUGCGUCUGCAGCGGGCUCUUUCUCUGCUGGGCCCUUUUAGCUCAGUGCCAUGGCUCAUCCAGGUUGGCUUUAACUUGGCUCCACGAGUCAGCGUCCUGAAGGAUUGGUUUGACACAGUGGCAUGGUGCCAGUCUCAGAUGCGUGAUAGACUCGAAAAUGGUAGCUCUAGCCAGUCGCAAGACUUGUCCUACUACUUGAUGGAGAAGGAUUCCGAAGGACAUGGAUUCUCUGAGAAUGAGAAGUGGCAUUGGGCAGCAGGAGACAGUCUACUGGCUAUUGUAGCUGGAAGUGAGCCAACAGCAGUUGCUCUAAUUGCUGUAUUCUGCGAGCUUGGCAAACACCCGGAGCACGCUGAAAAGAUUCACGAGGAAGUCAAGAAUGUAGAUGUCACGGAUCUCAAGACGCUCGUCAAUCUGCCGCAUCUCAAUGCCGUCAUGAAGGAAUCCCUUCGCUUGCAUCCAGCUCUCCUCACGGGCGGCAAUCGCAAGACGACCGAAUUUGGCCUCACCAUUGGCGAUCAGUUUAUUCCUCCCAACACAACGAUUGUCGCUCCCCGAUACACCAUUGGCAGACUCGAAAGCUGCUUUGAGAAGGCUUCUGAAUUCGUCCCAGAGCGCUGGACGACUCGGCCCGAAAUGGUUCGAAAUGCAGCAGCGUAUGCUCCAUUUGGAACGGGCCACCACAGUUGCCUGGGUAAGACCCUGGCCCUAGACACAAUGAAGUAUGUGCUGGCAAGGAUCUUGAAGAACUAUCGUUUCCGGGCUGCGCCGGGGGACGAUAGCUUAAGUGCCCUGGAAACUGUGAAGGACCAGUUUACGUCGAAUCCUGGUACCUUGAAAUUGCAAUUCGAGAGGAGACACGCCACUGAUUAG